AUCUCACCGAAGCCAAGACUUUCCUCUCUCUCUCUCAUCUUCCUUUCUCCGGUUUUAGUGAUCAUUAAACUCUAGUCUCUCAUUUUUUGUGAUUCUCUUUUUCCAUCUUUCCAUCAUGUUUCAGUUUUUUCUUUUAUACAAUUAAAUUGGAUUAAUUAUGUUCCAUCAGCAAUUCAAUAAACUCUAGUUAAUUGUAAAUAUAAACAAUUUUCUUCUUACCUGAUUAAAGGGUGGAAACCAUUUGAUUGACACUUUAUCUUGAUCACCAUCUUACUAGUCAAAUCUUUUUUGGGAGAUUACCUGUUAUGUGGUGACAACACUUAUAAACCUUCAUUUCUCUUUCUAUAUAAUUUUUUUUUUCUCUUCCCUUCACAUUUAUCACUUUCUCUAUUCUCUUUCUUUUUUUGUAUUUGUUAUUUUGUUCGAACAAUUUUCUUAUUCUUUUCGCUUAAACUAAAUCUCUUCCCGUAUGGUUGAUUUUUUCUGUCAAAGCGGAGAAAACUCCCUGGUGAUCUGGUGAGUAGGUUUAAUUUAUGUCAAUCUCUUCGCCUGAAGAAAUCGCCUUAGCUUUGUCUUUUGAAGAGGUGACAGGGUACGACGAAAUAAUUGAGAACCUAUUCCCUAAAUGUCGCCCUCGGUCAGACGGUAGUAAUACCAAAGAGACUACUGCUGGCAGAGGGGCUUGUGUUAAUUCAGAAAAUGGCAUUUCUGUAAAUGAUAACGGUACCGACGGUAGUAACCAUUCAUCCUUACAUUCCCAAUCACCACAAUCUUCUAAUCACCAUCACCACUACCAUCAUCAUCACCAUCAUCCACUUCAUCUUCAACAGCAACAGCAGCAACAACAACAGCAACAACAACAACAACAAGAUCAACCAUCUCAUUAUCAAAUUCACAAAUUACUUUCUUCCCUUGAAGAUGAUGAUGAAUCAACUCCUUCACAUGAUCAUAAUCACCAUCAGUUUCAUUUUGUUCAAUAUCACCAUUCUCACCAACGACGAAGACGGUCAACUGGAGGGAAUGAAGAUGACCCAAAACAACAAGAUUUAAUGGAUAAUGAUGAUCCUGAACCUCUAGUCCGGAUUAAAGGUGAUUUUCCAUAUUCACAAGACCGAAGUCCACCAUCAACACCCCCUCCACAUCGUGUUAGCUCAACCAUUUCCUUACCAACUCUUUUCAACAAUAACAGCAACCUUAAUGUCAACAGCAACAACAACAACGAUUCUAGUCAACAAUUGCAAUCACAAUUACAUUUUAAUAAAUCUCCAACAGUACCUUUAACUGGUCAAUUAAACGCUGUACCUGGUACAUGCCAAAGACAGCCAAUAACAACACCAUCCUCAUCAUGUGAGGAGCCCCAGAAUCUUUCAAUUGGCAAUAAAUUAUUGAUAAAUCACAAUAUCAACAGUUAUAACAGUAAUGCAUCUUCAAGUGACCAAGAAAGUCCCGAAGAGGAUCAAAUAAUCAUUGGUAAUGUGCCCAUAGCUAAAUAUACCGGUUCACCUCGUAGAUAUGGACCAAAAUUACCGUUAGUAACUGAGCAAGCCGAUGAAAAAGAAACCGAUGAUAUGAGCUCACCAAGUAAAAAGAUUAUCAAUCCAUCAUCCCUUUUACCUGGACGAUUAGCUGGACUUGUUAAAGGUGAUCCAUGGCAUUCAAAUUCUAUUAAUCCAAAUUCAUUUAAUAAUCUAAUUCGUGCUGCUGAAACUUAUGAGAAUGAUUUACUUCCACCUCAUCAUUUCUCUCUAUCACCAGAGAUUACCGAUGGAGAUAGUAAUGAUAUUGAAAGUGAAUUUUCAAUUGGUGAGGGUAGUUUACAUUCACUUUCCCGGAGUAACAUGAUGCCAAUCCUUGAAGAUGGUCUUUCCAGUGGAAUACCUUCCAGUGAUAAUGAAUUAGAUGAUGAUUUCGAUGAAACUUCCCCACCUUUAGAUACACUUACCACAUCCUCUUCUCUAACUACAACAACCAUUUCCACAACAACAACAACAACAGCAACAACAAUAGCAACACCAUCAGCCUCAUGUUCAGUUUUAACAGCAACCACAACAUCAGUAACCAAUUUACCAAUUUCAACAAUCACAAAUCAACCUGUCAAUCAUUCAACUCAGGUCAUUAAACGUGAUAAAGAUUCAAUAUUAGGCAUUAAGGAGACACUUAUCGAUUGUAUUCAAGAACGAGUCUCUUAUGAUGAAAGAAGAAAUUGUCAAAGUUCAAAUAAUCUGGAGAAGCAAAUUCAACAUGGAUAUUCAUCAUAUCAUUCUACAGCUGAUAAUUCCCACCCCGAACGUUUAAAAGAAUCAGUUGAUAUGUAUGAUAAACCUCUUGAGGUUCGACAACCUAUGGAGCAACAUAGACAAAAUUUUCGGCGAACCCGAUCUCUUCAGUUAGACCAAAGUAACGGACAAAAUUUCGGAUCAACAGUUAACAGUUCAGUUUCCGAAUCAAAUUUCGAAACUAGAUAUGAACAAGACCAUGGUUCUUCUCGAAAAAUAUCCAAUCUAAAUCAACCAAAAUCAUCAUUCGAAUCAAAGGACAAUUCAAAUAAAAUGAAUGAACAUCAAGCCCAUUCCCAUCUCGAUGAAGAAUCUGAUACUGAUCAAGAAACUGAUCGUCUUUUGGGUGCACAAAGAGUCGAAGAAAAAAAUAACUUUGAUGAAAAGAAUAAUGGUUACAUUAGAAAAAAGAACAGUCCUCGAGAAACUCUUAUUGAAGGAGUUCUGUUUAGAGCUCGUUACCUUGGAUCAACCCAAUUAAUAUGCAAUGGACAACCAACCAAAGCGACUCGAAUGAUGCAAGCUGAGGAAGCGGUUUCCCGGAUUAAGGCUCCGGAUGGUGAAUCUCAACCCAGCACCGAAGUGGAUUUAUUUAUUUCUACUGAAAAAAUUAUGGUUUUAAAUACAGACUUAAAAGAAAUAAUGAUGGACCAUGCACUAAGAACAAUAUCUUAUAUAGCUGAUAUUGGUGAUCUUCUUGUUUUAAUGACUCGACGUCGUGUUGUCAAUCCUUCAGAUGAUUCCAAUGACCAUAAAAUGAAACGUAUUCCAAGAAUGAUAUGCCAUGUCUUCGAGUCAGAAGAAGCCCAAUUUAUUGCUCAAUCGAUUGGACAAGCGUUUCAAGUUGCCUAUAUGGAAUUUCUGAAGGCAAACGGAAUAGAAGAUUCUAGUUUCGUUAAAGAAAUGGAUUAUCAAGAAGUUUUAAAUUCUCAGGAAAUUUUCGGCAAUGAGCUGGAAAUGUUUGCCAAAAAGGAUAGGCAAAAAGAAAUAAUUAUUCCAAAGCAAAAGGGCGAGAUAUUGGGCAUAGUAAUUGUAGAAUCUGGUUGGGGCUCAAUGUUACCCACCGUUGUUAUUGCUAACAUGACACCACAAGGUCCCGCUGCUCGGUGUGGACAAAUUAACAUAGGGGAUCAAAUAAUUGCAAUUAAUGGAAUCAGCCUUGUAGGUUUACCUUUAUCGACUUGUCAAAGUUAUAUUAAAAAUACAAAAAAUCAAACAGCUGUGAAAAUGACACUGGUUCCUUGUGCGCCUGUGGUUGAAGUGAAAAUAAAGAGACCUGAUACAAAAUAUCAAUUAGGAUUUAGUGUUCAAAAUGGAGUGAUUUGUAGUCUUUUACGUGGUGGUAUAGCUGAACGAGGAGGAGUCCGAGUGGGUCAUCGAAUCAUUGAAAUUAAUGGACAAAGUGUUGUCGCUGUGCCACAUGAACGGAUUGUCAAUCUUUUAGCAACCUCAGUAGGAGAGAUUGCUAUGAAAACAAUGCCUACUUCAAUGUAUCGUCUUUUAACUGGUCAAGAAUCGCCUGCUUAUAUUUAGAAUUGACAAAUUUUCAUCGACUCCCUCUUUCUGUGUAUUUCUCUCUCAAUGUUUUACCUCCUUUGGAAACUUUAUAUUCUCAUAUACAUAAAAAUUUCGAGGAUUUUGUGCCUUUGAUCAUUUGGUUGAUGAUGGAAGGUUUAAUAACAACGCUUAUAGAAUAGUUAAUUGUCAGAAAAGGAAAAAUUUUCUCUUUAAAUUCAAAUUUGCAAAUCACUUUUUUCCAUUAAUCAGAUCAACUUGUAAAUCUGAUAUUAUAAUACAGUCAAGAUCCUCAGACCUUGUCAACUAUAUUUUCCUAGUUAAUUAAUUGGGAUUAACUUUUACAUAAAUUAUUUCCUGAUUUAUGUUUGCAAAUUUGGGAUUCACUUGACCAUAAACACAGUUUAAUUUAACCGUUUUAACACCGCAAAUAAACCCAAGCAAUUAAAAGUUGUAACUGUUGUAAAAGUAUAUCGUCCAGACAAAUGAACGUACGAAACAUUGGAAACUCAUUUUCAUCAUGGAUUCUGGUUUUUUAAAUUCUGCUUUCAAUCCUCUGAUCAUUAACAUUAUCAUCAUCAUCUGUAUCUUCAACACACCAUCAACUUAAUGUCAACCAUUUGUACUUACAUCUAUUUAAUGAUUGUCGACAAUUUAGUCAACCUUUCUUUUAAUUAAUCUCUUCUCUUUCAAUCAAUCGAAUUUUAUCAAUUUAUCAUGUUAAUAUGAUAAUUUAUAGAUUAAUUGGAAUAUAACUGAUUUCUAAUUAAUUUGAUAAUCAGCUGUGGAAACUUUGAUAAGUGACCGAAUAUAAUUUAUAACUGAAACCAAAACAUCAAGAGAAAUGCAUUUACAGCUGAUUAUCAUCUUCAUCUCUCUCUCUCUCUCUCUCUCUCUCUCUCUCUCUCUCUCUCUCUCUCUCUGUGUUUAAUUCUAACGAUAUAAACAAUGAUAUCUUUCUCAUUAUCUCUUGUAUAAGUGACCUGCUGAUUGUGAUUAAAUGAUGAUCUCAUUUUUUGUAAUUAAAUUUAUUAUCAAUGUCAA